AUGGCCGAGUACACCCCUGAGGCCGAGGUCGAGGCCGCCUACAACACCCUGCAGGCAACCUUCCGGUCGGGCAAGACCAAGGAGAUCGCCUGGAGAAAAUGGCAGCUGAAGCAGGUCUGGUGGAUGAUCGAGGAGAACGAGCAGCGGAUUGUCGAGGCGCUGCACAAGGACAUGAACAAGCCCGUCUUCGAGACGACCUUUACCGAGUCGAUGACCAUCAAAACCGACAUCGUCGAGCAUCUCAAAAAUAUCGACAAAUGGACCGCCGAACGGCCGACCGACACGCCCCUGGCUAUGAAGGCCGUGUUGCGCCCAACUAUCCGUCCGGAGCCUCUAGGCGUCGCGCUCAUCAUCGGGCCCUGGAACUUUCCCAUCUCGCUCGUGCUGCAGCCUAUGAUCGCGGCCAUCACUGCCGGCUGUGCCGUCAUGCUGAAGCCGUCCGAGGUCACCCAGGCGGCCCAGGCGCUCCUGGUGGACCUCAUCCCGAAGUACAUGGAUCCCAGCGCCAUCCGCAUUGUCACCGGCGGCCCGGCAGAGACCGGGAGCCUGAUUGCGCGCAAAUGGGAUCAUAUCUUCUUCACGGGGUCGGUAAAUGUUGCGCGGUAUGUGGCUGCCGCGGCUGCGAAGAACCUGACGCCCACGGUACUGGAGCUCGGAGGCCAGUGUCCGGCCAUCGUCACCAAGACGGCCGAUGUUGAGACAGCUGCUCGGCAGAUCGCCUGGGCGAAGUUUUUGAACUCGGGACAGAUUUGUCUGACUGUUAACCAUGUCUUUGCGCAUCCGGAUGUCGAGAAGAAGCUCAUCGAGCGGAUGACCUUCUACUUCAAUGAGUUCAAGAAGGGCAAGACGUCGGAGAUGACGCAUAUCGUGAACGACAAGAACUUUGAACGGUUGAAGGCGCUUCUAGAGAAGACUGACGGGAAGGUCGAGUGUGGCGGCGAGUUAGAUGCGUCGACUCGGUGUAUUAAUCCGUCUGUCGUCAGCAACGUGACCAUGAAAGUUAUCUCGUCCACCAUCUCCGGCGGCGUCACCGUCAACGGCGUGCUGAUCCAUGCCGCUGUCCCCGGCGCCCCGUUCGGCGGUGUUGGGGAUUCCGGCCAUGGAUCCUAUCACGGUGACUACGGAUUCCGUAGCUUCUCGCAUAUGCGUGUUAUUGCCCGGCCGACGUCGGUCUUCUCCAAGGUCUCCUCGUUCCUGCUUCCCCCUUACUCACCUGACCGGGUCAAAUGGUUUGCGGUUCGCAACAGUCUUGGGAUCAAACGCAACUGGACCUUAGAGGAUGAGAGACGCGAGUGCAGCAAGGGCGUUAUCUGGAAGUCAGCGAGUCGCGUCCUAAAACUGCUAGUGGUGAUCAUUACCCUAGGACUGGUUGAUUCGAAGCUGCAGGGCCGACUUGGUCUGCUGAAUGCUUUUAACAAUUUGAUUGGUCUUCUGAAGGGCAAAUAG